ACAGCAUUACAGCUAUCGUCCUUGCCUCAUGGUUCUUCACAAACCAGAUUGAGUAUCUUUCCGAGAGGUUGCUGUGAUUCACGUACAAAUCCUACCACAUCCUACAUGGUUCUUCACAACUCGAUACCCCUCACCCCUCCCUCCAACCUCCAAUCGAUCUGAAGAUCUCACAAUUUGCAUUCCGAGCAAUCUAUCAAACCAUCAAACCAAACCAACCAUCCAACAACUAACUAAACCAAUCCUUUUUUCAAUUCAACAAGAGCACCAUGCCGCGCCCGACUGCCAUUGCCCCCACCAAAAAUGACGCCGUCUUUGGUCGAGGUGGAGGGAGCAACAAAUGCCGCAAGAACACGUGCUUUCGCGACUUGAUCGAGCAUCAUUGGGUCCCCUACUCCAGCAUCGCCCAUCACCAAACUCGGGCCAAGAAGGCAUACGUCAAAGAGUUCGUGAUUCGUCCCAUUUCCGAGAUGGGAGGCCGCUUUCUCAAGUUUGAGUCAUCCGGUUGUUACGAGCUCUUGCCCGCCUGUCCCACAGAUCUCAAAGCCAUCUACCAGAAGAUUUCUCAGUCGAUGCGAGACGAAAAGAAAAAGCACUGUGCGACACAGCUGACCAAUAUGACUACCAAGAAAUCUACCAAGAGCUCUACCAAGAAGGCUGAGAAGCGUGUGAAGCGCGUCCGAUGCAGCAACGACGACUCCAGCGUGAGUACUGCUUCCACCACUUCUUCUUCCGAUUCCUUCUCCUCCGAAGAAGAGCCAUCCAUCAUUGACUACAGUCAUUCUCCAUCGGUUGCCGAUGCCUGGAUGGACAUUCGCUUUGCUCCCAACGGCGCGUUCAAGGACGACGAGUUCGUUCAGACAUCCAUGGGUGAAGACGAAAUGAUGGCUCUGCUCAACUACGAAAGCAGCUUCCAAGGCAACACCACCGAGCCGUUCUGGCUCGGUGCCACCGACGAGACCGCCAUGUAAGGGUCCGGCCAUCAUGAGCGGUUUGGCUGGCAAUGCUAUGAUAUGAUUGCUGGCUGUACUCUGCUACUAAUAAGGAAACCAUUGGGAUAUCUACAUCAAACAGUCGCAACUUCCAGCGCACGGGAUUAUUCAUUAUUUGCCCUUUCUACAUUUACAUUCUUUUUACGCACUCUAUUAUUGUUCGGAUUGGGUGCAUACAACUCAGUUUUAAAACACAGAAGACUUGAACUUAUCUAAUUGUCACUUACUUACUU